AUGGGGAAAGGUGUGGCCAAGUAUGGUUUCAAGAGUGGGGUUUUCCCCGCAACCAGGUCCAUUCUGAAAAACCCCACUACGAAGCAGACUGAUAUUAUCAAUAAAGUAAAGUCACCCAAGCCAAAAGGUGCUCUUGGUAUUGGGUAUGCUAAGGGUGUGCAACAUCCAAAAGGAUCGCAUAGGCUGUCACCGAAGGUGGCUUUUAUUAACGUGAACAACCUUAUUGCACAGACUGUGGCCCAGCCUCAGAGCGUGAAGUCGAGUAACGGUAAAGCCCAGAAAAUAAGGUUACAAAAGGCUGAAUUGAGAAGAAGUUUUCUGAUCGAAGCAUUCCGCAAGGAAGAAGCUAUUCUAUUGCAAAAACACGAAUACUUGCAGAAGAGGACAGAGGAACUGAAGAGAAUCAGGGAACUAGAGCUAGAAAAAUUGAACAAGGAAAAGUCUUCAGAUUUGACCAUAAUGACGCUAGACAAAAUGAUGUCGCAACCUCUUUUAAGGAACAGAUCACCAGAAGAAACUAAAUUGUUAAAGUUGAAAAGAGACUAUAACAGAUCAAUGUUAAAUUUUCAGACUCAUAAAAACAAACUAAACAAAUUACUAAACCUGUACCACGUCGCUAAUGAAUUCAUUGUCACAGAAUCUCAACUACUGAAGAAAAUUGAUAAAGUUUUUAACGAUGAAACGCAAGAUUUUUCCGAUGCCUAUGAUGUAAAUUCCAAUUUCACACAAUUCGGCAACAAAAAAUCGCUUCUUUCAGGUAAUUCCACCUUACAAACUCAAAUCAAUAAUGCAAUAAUGGGUUCUUUGACAAACGAAAAAUUCUUCGAUAUUUCUCUUGUGGAUUCAUUCUUGAAUAAAGAUUUGCGAGAUAUCUCCGAUAGGAUCGAUUCAAAAUUAAACCUUUCAUCUAAUGGAGCUGAAGAUGGUGAUAACAAUACAACCACCUUGUAA